AUGACAAUCUUUAUCCCUUUGCUCACUAUUCCUGUGACUACUCUUGCAGAUAAUCUCAUUGGUGCCUAUGCCUUCAUAGCCACAUACUUCGAUUCUUCUGUGGCAGAUAUCAUAGAGCCCCAAGAUCUCAUUGUUGCUGUUAACCAGGCAACCUCUUACUUAGCAGCAUAUCAUGCUGGUCUCAUGCAUUUCGACCUGUGUAACUCCAACUAUAGCAUGUCCUUUCAUUUAGAGCUUGCCAAGCCUGAAUGGAAAGCUUGGGCACUUACAGAGGUGGAGCAUAAGAAUUCCUUGUGGGACUAUGACACUUCUCUUCUUCUGCCUGGGGAGCCGGGUUAUAAGGAUGAGAAUCCAUCCUCCAUUCUCCACCAGCUUCUGCUCCCUUCAUGCACUAUCUCUGCCCUCCCUGCUCCAGUGGUUAUUGGCCCUACUGCCUUAGUCCCCAAAGUUGUGGAACCCAAGGCUAGCUUAUCUGAAGUCCUCUGGCCAAUACCUAUUAGGACCCUCCAGGUUUCAAGAGAACCUAGUUUUCCUCUUGUUACUAAAAAUACUAUCUCCAUAGUUCUUUCAGCUGUCAGUUCUGGCUCAAGGACCACAGUAGUUCAUAAACAUCAGCAGGAGACAGGAAUCCUGGCUCCUAUUGUACCUGCCCCUGCCUCUAAGAGGGCCAAGCCUAUCCUUGUGGCUAGCUCAUCUCAGUCUUGUGUGCAGCCUUUGGUACCUCUUUUCUCAGUUUCUCAGACCACCUUCCAGUGGAAGCCAAUUCCUGGCUCUCUUGAAUUCUCUGUCCCAUCUGCUCUAUCCAUUGAUCACAAUACUAGUACUCCUUCUGCUGUGGAGAGUGCUAGGUCUGCUGGCUCUUCUCCAUGCUCAGUCAGUACUCCUGAUCCUCCUAGUGAGGGUCCUGAGGGUGCUCCCAUGGAGGCUGUUCCUUCAGCUCUGGACAGUCCAUUAUCUCUCUCUCCUCAUGCAUAUCAUCCUUUGACUGAGAUGACAGUUCUGGUGGCCUCUGAGAAGCCUCCUCACUCUCAGUGUAUGCAGCAGUCUAUUCUCACAGUUUCCAAGGCUCCUGCCAAUAUGACUUUCCAUGAAUCUCCUUCCUGUCAGGCCCUAGAAUUCAUGAAGCUUUCUAUGCUUCCUGUUGCUCCUGACUCUUUGACCAAUGGCCAGGAAUAUGUCUACCAUUGUCAUUCUGAUAAAAAUCCUUAUUUCAUCCAUUCUCCUCUGCUUUCUUGGCCAUGCUUUAACUGCACUUUGGCUGGUUUCCCUGAGGAGUGCAUUUUUGAGAGUGGUGUUGGCAAGGAGAUCUGUAUAUGCUGCAAGUCCACUUGUCAUUGCCAUUGCUCUGCAUGCUGGGAUGCCAAUCAGCUCCAUCAUGCUGCUACCUUAUUGGAUCCUCUCAUUCUCAGUGGUGAUGGUGCUAUUCAUCAUGGCAUUGACCAUAUCAAGUGUAUUGAGAUCAAGAUCAAGCUGCUCAUAAGAUCUCUUCAGCUCUUGUAUGAGGACUGGCAGCAGGUUGAUGCAUCUAUUGAUGGGGAUGCCAUGGUGUCUAGCUCUGACACUGAGUAA